CGCGGCAGUGGAGCUGGCGGCGGAGCGGGAUGCUGGUGUUGGUGUUAGGGGACCUUCACAUCCCCCAGCGGUGCAGUGGUUUGCCAGGAAAGUUCAAGAAGCUGUUGGUUCCAGGGAAGAUUCAGCACAUCUUGUGUACUGGGAACCUCUGCACCAAGGAGACUUACGACUACCUGAGGACUCUGGCUGGGGACGUUCACGUUGUUAAGGGGGACUCUGAGUGCCUGAAUUAUCCUGAAGAAAAGGUUGUGACUGUUGGGCAGUUCAGAAUCGGGCUGAUUCAUGGCCAUCAAGUUAUUCCCUGGGGUGAUGUGGCCAGCCUGGCACUGCUCCAGAGGCAGAUGGAUGUGGACAUUCUCAUUUCGGGGCACACACACAGAUUUGAAGCGUUUGAACAUGAAAAUAAAUUCUACAUCAACCCCGGGUCAGCUACAGGAGCCUACAGUGCUUUGGAAAAGAACAUCAUCCCUUCAUUUGUCCUGAUGGAUAUCCAGACUUCCACAGUUGUAGCUUAUGUCUACCAGCUUAUUGAGGAUGAUGUGAAAGUAGAAAGAAUCGAGUUUAAGAAGUACUGAAUCCAGCUCAGCCCUGCUGGCUGACUUCUCACCGCCCUCUCCUCCUCCUCUCCCGCAGACCACGCGGGGGAGCUGCGGGGCUGGGAAGCGGCCACAUCGCUUGAGUGCUUGAGAAAAGCCGUCAGGGUUCCCAACCUCAACUUGAAGCAGAAGCUGCUGCUCUUAUGAGUGGAAAAUUACCGGGGUCUACGGAGGAGCUGCUUCAUUCGUCAGGGAGUCACAGAGGGGGGUGAUGGUUUGGCAUUGAAUCUCUUGUGUAAAACGAACAGAGAA